UUUCCUCUCAAGUGACACGUCGCCUACAACGGAGAGGAGCCCUCUCUUCGAUCGAUCGAGAGAGAGAUGGGUUGCGAGUCGCCGACGUCGAUCACGUGCUCGUCGGCGGAGAUCACGUGCUCUCCGACAAGCGGGAAGAGGAGCAGAGAGCCCGAGGACGAAGCUUAUCUCGAUAAUUUCCAGUCCCAUAAAAAGUAUCUCAGUGAGGCAAUUGCUUCCAGUAUGAAUGGAUUAACAUUUGUGGAUUCUCUCAAGGAGAAUCUCAUGGAGUAUCCUCCACAGUCUGAAAGCAUUUCGAGGGAUGAGUUCAGAUCUCAAUACUCCCCAAUGUCAGAAGACUUGGAUGAAUCACAAUACCCCGAUGCCUUGUCAAACACCUCGAUCACCACAGUCUCUCCCCACUGCCACUGGCGCCCAUCGCCUGCUCGGCUUUCCACCUUGCAACAACGACGACACUGUUCAGAGUCCAAUGGCCUCCGGUUCCCUCCAUCCCCCUCUGAUGCGUGCCACACUGGGGAUCUGCGGCGUUCUGCUCUGUUGAGGUCAGUGCAGAUGAGACCCCACGUGCAUUGCCCUGUGGUCUGUGAGCUGCCUUUAGCUAGAGAGCAAGAGAUGGUGGAUUGCAGGAGGUCGAACUCAGUGAGGAGGGGCUUCGGGAGCUGAGGCUUUUUUUCUAUUUGCUAACGUAUUCUUUUGUUGUGUCUGAUUUGUUGAGCUUUCUUCAUGAUUUAUUCAGAUUGUGGAUGCAUAUGAGAGGAGUUUGCUAUAGUUCUUUUGCUAGUGAGAAAUGUUCUUUUUUAUUCUUAUGUGGGAAAUAUUUAUGUGAAAUGUCCUGUCAAUGAAAUUUCAUUAUGUAUUUACUUUUAUCUUAGAGACAAGAAUUACAAGA